CCCGCGGGCGCGAUGAACGCGCACACGACCCCGGAGGAGCGGGUCGUGGACCUCGUCACCGUACGAUGGCCCGCGGUCGUGAACGAGCUCGGCCGGAUCCUGGCGCCGCCGCGGACCCGGGCGACACGCCGCACAAGUCCAAAUACGCGGCGAUCCAGCUGCUCGAGUCGUUGGACAAAGCGAUCGUUCAUCUCGCGGGCCACGACGGCCGCGGCGAGCUCCUCGACGACGUCCCGCGCGAACUGCGCUCCGCGCUGCUCGACGUCCGCGCGCUCGCGACGCACCGCCGCGCCGCGCUGACGCUCGACGCGCAAGACUUCGGGACCGCGGUGCCGCUGCUGAUGCACGCGCGGUCGCUCCUGAGCAGGGACGACGCGGGGUUCUCGUGCCGCGGCGCGCUGAUGGAGUGCAACAACGAGCUCGGCGUCGCGUGGUGCGAGCGGGGCGAGCCGAGCCGCGCGCUGCCGUUUCUGCGCGACGCGCAGAUGGCACACGCGUUCGCCGGGGAGGAGCACACGACGGGUCGAGGGACGGCGGAGGAGAAGACGGAGACGACGCCGCCGCCGACGGAUGCGGAGGAGCUCGCGCACACGCGGACGCUGUUUCUGCUGGCGCAAACGCUCGGGCAGCUACGGAAACCGGAUGAGGCCGCGCGCGCGUGCUCGUGGUGUCUGCGGCGGCAGCUCGAGAAGAAGGGCGGGGAUGAGAGCGCGGCGCCGGACGAGUGGGCGCAGAACGCCGCGCAGCUCAGCGGGUUUUACGUGAGCAAGAGAGACUGGCCGGGGGCGUGGUUGUGUAUUUUGGCCGCGACGAAGGUGAUCCAGGACGCCGCGGAGGAAAUCGCGGAGAUGGCCGCCGUGGACGUCGUCGCGAACGUGAACAUCGCGCGCGGGAAGUUUCACCUCGCGCGGUUGACGCUCGCGAAAGAUGCGUUCAAGAAAGGCGGCGCGGGAGACGCGGAGGUCGACGAGGAUUUCUUCAACCCGCACGAGGUCUCGAGCGGCGGGGAGGGGGAGGCGGAGACGACGACGACGACGACGACGACGACGACGACGACGAGCGGCGGCGGCGGCGGCGGGGACGGGGACGGGGACGACAAAAUCGAAGACGCCAAAAACGACGACGAAGACGACGCGUUCGAGUUUCCCUCGAUCGGCCUCCUCGCGAAAGACACGCGAGAGCCGGAGACUGGCUGGGUCCCCGCGACCGUCGACGGCGUCCGCGUCGUCUUCAACAACGCCAUCGUGGCGUUCAGAAACGCGCUGACGUACUACACCUUAGAAGGCCACGUCACCGAGCACGUGAACAUCUUAAUGGACGUCGCCGCCGCGCACGCCGCGCUCGCGGUGUUUGAACGCGGCGACCGGAAGCGGCACGACGCGAUUCAACGCCGACGAGCGGAGAAGCUUCACGACGUCGUCGAGCGACUCACGAACGCCAAGUACGACGAUUUGAAACUCACGAUGUGGCACGAGAUCGGCGAGGCGCACCGGGCGAUCAUGGAGCAAAAGGUGAUCGCCGAUCGACCGGCGUUAUCGUACGCGUCCCCUGCGCGCGUCGCCGCGAUGGCGUACGGAAAAUACCUCUCGGCGUACGAGUCGCGGUACGGCGCGCCGUCGACGACGACGACGGCGGCGACGGACGCCGCUCGCGCUGCGAAACCGGAGCGCGACGGCGGCAGCCUCGCCGGGAGGGUCCCGAAGGACGAGGAGAAGGCGUACCUCAACGCGAGAUUCUUCCGCGCCGCGGUGGUGGCGAAGUCCGCGGGCGCCGGGUCCGAAGCGGACGCGCUCGCGGCCGCGCUCGAGGAGCAUCAGAAGAUCGUCGCGUACGUCGACGCCUUCGGGCCGUUGCCGUUUUUUGAGGAAGAGGCGGAGGUGAGCCGGCAGUUCGCGGCGCUGCUGCCGACGAAGAUCAACCACCUGAGAAGGCUCGAGGAGAAUAACAUCAAGGCUGUGGAUCCGCUGAAGAAGAUGAUGGCGGGGAUGGGGAUGUCGUAAGUUGUUCUCGCGUCGGCGACGCUUGUAGAACGGAUUAAUUAAUCGUCGUCUCUUCCUUCUCAGAGUCGCGGUCUUGUCUCCGCGCCGGUUCGCCUCCUUUCUUCCGGCGAGACGUCCCCGCGUCGCGUCGCGUCGCGCGGCACUUCAACCCCGCGCACGACCUCACGCCAUGACGCGAGACACCGCGAGCGAUGCCCCCGACGCGACGCAAGCGUGGAGCGUCGACGACACCGUGCGCGACGGCCUCGAUCGCAUCGCCGCGCUCGAGCUGAGCGACCUCAUGCCGUCCGCGCGCGAGAACGUCCCGUCGUCGGGGACGCGAUCUGACCGACGCGCGGACGUCGCGUUCGAGUCCGCGACGAAGACGACGACGACGACGAAGAAGAAGAACGACGACGACGACGGGUUCGCGAUUCCCUCGGACUCCGACGACUCCGACGCGGACGGCGACGAGCCGCGCGC